AUGGCUGUAGCCAAUUCAACCAAAAGCAAAGCUUACAUUUAUGAUUUGCUCAACAAAAACCACACUGAACCCAUUAAACAAUGCUCUUUUUGGUACGGCGCAGUGGUUGGAUCAUUCCGAAGUGCACUUGGAGAAUUAGACGAGGAUACUUUGACUGCCAACUAUGACGCUAAAGUCGCUGCCGACGGUGCCAAUAUUUGUGAGAAUGCGUUGGCCUCUGCUGGGGUUCAAGUUCCAUCCAUUUCCACUAGAAACAACUACGUGAGGUUGUACAGUAGCAUUGGGUUUGAGGUUACAAAUGAUCUUUAG